GGGCGGAAGCCCGAGGAGUGCAUCCCAGGCUGGCGCGGGUGCCGGCCCCCAUUGCGGACCCCUCUGUCAGACCAGCUGUAGAAGGGACCUUAGCCGCGGCGCUAGGAUGGGAAACAGUGCUCUCCGCGCUCAUGUGGAAACGGCGCAGAAAACUGGUGUCUUUCAGCUUAAGGACCGUGGAUUGACCGAGUUCCCCUCAGAGUUGCAGAAGCUGACGAGCAAUCUCAGGACCAUCGACUUGUCCAACAACAAGAUCGAGAGCCUACCGCCUUUGCUGAUAGGGAAGUUCACUCUGUUGAAGAGCCUCUCCCUGAACAACAACAAAUUGACUGCUCUUCCUGAUGAGUUAUGCAAUCUGAAAAAACUAGAGACGCUAAGCCUAAACAACAAUCACCUGAGAGAGCUGCCAUCUACCUUUGGGCAACUGUCUGCCCUCAAGACCUUGGGACUCUCUGGGAACCAACUGGGAGUACUACCACCACAACUUUGUAGCCUACAGCACCUGGAUGUGGUGGAUCUCUCCAAGAACCAGAUUCGGAGUAUACCUGACAUAGUGGGGGAGCUGCAGGUCAUCGAACUCAAUCUCAACCAGAACCAGAUAUCUCAGAUCUCAGUAAAGAUAUCUUGCUGUCCUCGCCUUAAAGUUCUUCGGCUGGAAGAGAACUGUCUUGAGCUCAGCAUGCUUCCACGGAGCAUCCUCAGUGAUUCCCAGAUCUCUCUGCUUGCUGUGGAAGGCAAUCUUUUUGAAAUAAAGAAACUUCGAGAACUGGAAGGCUAUGAUAAGUACAUGGAGAGGUUCACGGCCACAAAGAAGAAGUUUGCAUGAUGUUCUCCAGGACCACGGGAACCCUAUAGAACACGGACUUGGAACCUCUGUUGGAAUCUGGCUAAAUCAAAGCCUCCUGUUUCUGUCAAGGAUACCUGCAGUAAGGAGAUGACACUCCAGGAGAUAUUUCAAUGAUCUUUUUCCUUUUCAGGAAUUAUUUCAGAUAAGCUCAAAGAAGAGGAAUCAGGAGACAGGAAUAAUCUUCCAAUUUGAGUCAUGGAUAAGGCAAUGGACAAUGGUGAUCUUCAAAACCAUCAUUAGUUUGGCUUUAAGAAACUUAGCUAGUUGCUAUUUAUAUGAUGGGGGUGGGUGCUGCCUGGUAACAAAAUAGCUCCACACCACAGCUUGAGAUUUCCUUUAGUGUCAGUGUGUGAGCCUUCAUAAAGUCAGCUGCCAUUCCACCUCUGUGUAAACACUUCAUAUUUUUAUGAAAUGCAAAUAAUUUGUGAGAAACUGCUAUGGCUAAGCUAAGAUUUAUGAUCUCAGUCCAUCAGUUCAAUUGUAGUGUUCAUACUUGGAAUUUAGGAUGUAAAUAUGUGACUCCGUCUUGAUUAAAAGUGCGCCUUGUCAGAGAAGUAGCAACACAACACUAAGAGAUGUUCCUCAAGGCUGCAGUAGCAAAUUCUUUACUAUUGCAGGUGCCUUAUUGGUAGAGGGCUCUAAAGAGCUAUAACCAUAUAUGCAACACUUGUAAGAUAAAAGAGAUUUUAAUAAUCAAGAUUUUCCUGAAGCUUUGUUGGAAAUAAUGUUUUAUUUCUGGUAAUCUUUCCCCCUUUUUGUAUUUAUAACUCUACUAAUCAAAUUACCUAUCAAGAAACCAUUGCUACGAUAUUUAA